CAAAGUGCUCCUUGGACUUGACAGACAUUUUGUGGUUUUUUUUCUAGAGAGGAGACUCUGUUGCGCCUGUUACAUUUUCCACUUACACUUAGAUACAUAACUUUUAAAAUCGAUCGAUUAAGGGGCUGAGUUUCGGAGAAAGUGGAGUAAACUUCCGCGGAGACGUCUCAUCGGGAGCCGCGGACCAGGACGACCGCAGCAACCACCAGUUAAGGUGUCAGAGAGAAAAUAUUGCUUUAAAAAUGCUAAAAAUUAAAAAAAAGAAGGAGAAACUGAGUUUCACGCGCAAGACAAAAAAAGCAGGGUCCCAGGCAGAAAGUGAGAAGGAUGUGAGCCCUCUGAAGGAUGCAGCUGAUGGGAAGGCCCCAGGUGCUGGCCCCGGGCCCCGGACCACCAGCCACAGGUUGCAUGGCUUCCAUGACAGCGUCUACCUGCUGGCAUCAGUUAUCUUUCAGAAUAAUCACCAGGAGAAACCUCCUGCACAGCGCAUGGUCAAUUAUGGAAAAGUCCGAGGACACCCUCUGCCUCAGGUCAAAGAUAAGGAGACGAAACGUUCAGCCUUUGAGCUGGCCUUCAGUGCGCUUAAAUAUCCAGAAAAUUCACCAUCAUCUCCCUCAGAUCAAGAGUUGUUGGAGGGUACCAUGAUUGAUAGCUGCAUACAUCUCAGCCGACCAGUGCCAGAUGAUCAGAUGAGCCUUGUCGCCGUCAUGCUCUUUGACUUCCAGGACAGGAAGUUCCUUCCACGGAAACGCCAGUGGGAAGAGGAAAUUGUACAGGAAGUUAGAGCUGUGGAGAAAUAUCUCCUCAGGUCCAAAAUAAAGCUGGCGGCCGCUAUGGCCCGCUACAGGGUCAAAAAUGAUCUCUUAUAUAUCGAGAAUAUCCUGCCAGAGACCGUGAAGAAGAAGCAGGAGAGAUCAAUCAACCUUCCGCUAUAUGCUUGGGUCAACACACAGAAGACGAGUUUCAAUGAGGUCCAAAAUGUUCUGAGCAAUGCAGGGUUCUCUCAGGUGAAAUCGGUAGAGCUGUUGGAGGGUCCAUCCUUUUGCUAUGAUCCCCACUGUGGGGAUACGCUGGUGUUCCCAGCUCAGCCGAAAGCUCAACUAUACUGCACCAAGCUGCUUAGUGACCACAAACUUAUCAUCCAGGAUAAGUCAUGCAGCCUGGGCCCAAGCGCAGCAUGCUCGCUGUUACCAGAAGAAGGAGACAUUCUUAUGGUGGGCUGUUUCUCUGGCCUUACCGUCUCCCACACAGCCUCCCUCAUUGCACAGAAACAUAGAGCCACCAGCAACAGCCAGCCAGUGGUGUAUGUUUGUGUCAGCAAUUGCACGCAUGCUCAGAGAGAGGAGCUACAACUCACGGUGUCCACCAUGGGCUGCAAGAAUGUGAAACUGAUGCAGGAGGACUUCCAAUCUUUGGACAGUGGCGAUAAAUGCCUUCAAAAGGUGCGCGUUAUCCUUUUGAUCCCCAGGUGUUCUAUGUCUGCAGUCAACAACCCUGUGGAGUUCAUACUGGAAGAAAAUGAAGAUAUCAACUUGCUGCAGGACCUGUCCCGUGGCUCCAUCUCCAAAAUCAAACUUGAGUCUCUGGUUGAACAGCAGAGAAAAGAUAUUGAUCACGCCUUGAAGUUUCCUAUGGUUUCAGCAAUAGUGUACUCCACCUGUUCAUCAUACCCAGAGGAGAAUGUGGAUGUAGUAACCAGGGCCCUGCAGCAAGCCAAAGCCUGCUCAGACCAGAAGGGGGAUUCAAAACAAGUAAACUUCAGGCCAAGUCCUUCCCCUUUCAACACCUCUGACCAUGGUGAAGUCGCCGAGGAAACGGAGCCCUUCUUUUCACUGGAACCUUCAGAGUUCAGCAGUGGCUGCUUUCUGGCCGUUCUGGAGCCUGAGCCAGUGAUCCAAGAAGAACCGCAGGAAGUGAUUGCCAGAGCAAAUGCGAAAGGGAUCUUGGACAGGAUUGGCUCAAACCACCUAACCGGAAACAGACACACAAGGAGGAUGAGGAAAACAGCCCAUGUUCGCAGCUGCUCUGAGCCUCAUCUGUCUCUCAGUAUGCAGAGUAAAAGCCAGCAGACGAAGGGGAGCAGCACUGCUCUUCUGUCUGGUGAUCAGGACCUCGUGCACCUGCAGGCAUCAAAACGGAAACCCAAAGGUCAGAGCUUGCAAGCCUUGAGGACCACCAUGUCGAGGUCCUUCUCUUAUUCCACCACCACUACCCUGGACGCUGCUUGCUCCCCUGCUACGACCACGGCACCUAUUCUCCGUCCGCGUAGAUCUCAGCAGGAGGUUGUGAAACGUGUGGUGCUCGUCCUUCCUACCAUUACCAUUCCCAACCCUUUUCCAUUUCUGCAGAAGAGAGAGCUCAGCCCCAGCCGCAAUUACAACAAGUUGAAAGAUAUCUGCUCUAAAUAAAUACCGUCCUCUGUUUUGACCUCCUAAAUAUUUACACAGCUUCUAACUAACUUUUGUCCCAUGUGCUAACUUAAGUUGGAAAAUGUAUGCCAUUAAACUGCCAGAUCUCACACAGUAUUUGAAUGUCACCUUAAAUGCUUCUGGAGCCAUUAAAAUGUGUCAUUAUGGCUUUGUCUUUCUGUGAUAUGUGAUAAAGAACAACCUUGUUACUGAGAAUAA